AACUGAUGCAGCUCGAUGCCGGCGGUGACCAGUUUGUAGCCGGCGUGGACCAGUUUGGGGCCACGUUCUGCAUCAAUAAGCGAGAGGUGGAGGGCGCUGUCGCCAAUCGCUCCAUCCCCUUCAGCAGCGUGGGCAGUCGGAUGCGCUACUACUCCUGUGGGCCCCUGGGCUGCUGGGGGGUGACCCUGGCCAAAGAUGUCUACCACCGCCUCAACGUCAAGCCCACCGCCUGCAUCGGCACCAGCUGGACCCGCGUCUUCGGAAAGUUCCAGAACAUCGAGGUGGGCAGCGACGGCCGGGUCUUCGGGAUCAGUGUCACCAAACAGCUCUACAUGAG